UUUUGAGUCUCCUACAAUAAAUACGCGAUACUAGACACUAGUCAAAAGCUACACUUUUUUAUGGAAGAUUCUGACAUUUUAGAUCACCCGGCAGCAAUGACGAUUGAAUUAGAUCGGUGGCAGUUCGAGAGGAGACUUCAUCACUAUGUGGAGUAUCAGUACUGGGAGAAGUUGCAGAGGUUGAGAGUAUCUUCAGGGAAACCUACUAAUGAUAAAACACGCAGAUCCUCAAUUAUAGAUUCACAGCAAAGACCGAGGUCUCAACCAGCACUGAGACGAGUGAAGUCACCAAACACUGAGAUAUCAGACAAAGCAUUUCUCAGAAAGGUAUCCGCCAAACCAGGUAACUGCGCCCCAUCUAUAAAAUCGUCAGCUACCUCCAGCACAACUAACUGCCCUUCAACUAAGUCAGUUACCUUCAUGCUUCCAAGAGGAGGAGAAGUGAGCGAUCACGAGAGUACGGAGAGCGAGCCGACACCACCAUUUCCCUUCUCAGGGACUAAAGCUAAAAAGACUUAACGACUCUUGUAUAUGUUCGUUUUAGAACUGUAAAGUUAACUUUAAUUUGUAGUAACGAUGUGAGAUGAUAUAAUCGUUAGAUUAAGAGCGUACAGUGUACGCCUCCUCCACAGUGUACACUGUACCCCUCCCCCACACUCACAGAUACGUGUUUGAUGAAACUGUUCCGCGCUGUUCUAUUGUCCCAAGUUUUCCUUCAUGCAAACUUCUGUUUGAAAAGGCGGUGUUCUAAACUGUUAAAAUUAAAGUUUGGCAUGGAUGCCAAAAUCGGCUUGUUGAUCACUUGCUUACGGAAACAAUUGCUUACGGAAACAAUUGCUUACGAAAACAUUUUAUCGGCUUGCAAAUUUCUUUUAUGGACGAGAUGGUUAAAUUCAGCUUUGACACGUGGCAACAAUUGUAGCAGAAUAGUUGAGUGGCUGUGACAAUUGAGCUUGCAAUCCGAUUGUUCCAGAUGUGUCACGUGUCCAAACAAACGAAUUCCUUUGAACUUUUGAACAAGAUAACCCAAAUCGUUGGCAACUUGUUUUAACUUUCCAGAUUCUAGAAUAGUGAUAUACGCUACAUUAGCUUAAGGCUAAUUUACGCUAGAUUUAUACUGUAUUUAUGCUAGAUUUAUGCUAAACUCAUCUUAGAUGUAUCAUAGAUUUAUCUUAAAUUUAUGAUAGUGAUUGAUGCACUUAAACCGAAAGAUACUGGUUAGGCAAAUUAUUCUAGACCAAUGGUACCGUGACUGCAAUUGAAUUCACUUCAAUUAAGGUAUUAGUACUAGUAGAUAAUUGAGAAUAUAACCGAGGCUGGCGAUUUUUCUAUUUAACUGAAUCA